AUGCAUUUGUUCUUGAAAACAGGAAAGAGAUUUGAUGUGUCAGCUAUGCAGACAUUUUGUGUUAGGAAGAAUGGAGAAUGUUUCAUAAGAUGCAUAGGCAAUUCAGAAUGUCAAUCAUUUGGUAUUGGUGUUGUUGAUGAAUGCCUUGGACAACUACAGUGUCGCUUAUAUUCUCAAGUGGAGAUAAGCGAUCUAACUAAUGAUACGAAGUAUACUUAUUAUAUCUUGGUGAGUUACAACGCGUUACAUUUUUCGAUAGUUUUAAGGAAUAGCGAUGUUGAAUUUGAUUAUCUUCCCAACCUCAUAGCCAAUAAAUAUAAUGCCCGGUUUAGACGACGAACUUUUUAAUGCACCGAACCUAAUCAACAAGUUCGCCAACUGAUUUAGACGCCGCACUUAAUUGUUCCGUGCCAAAAUAUAAGUACAAUAUAUCAGUGUUAAACCCAUGUCGAACCUCUAUGUCAUUGCUGAGCGGAUUUCCAAACAGGCUAUUGCUCAAUAAAUAUGGAAACCGAGAUAUACUUAUACGUUCUAACCAUUUACUGAUGUCAAUGAUGAGCUGAUGCCUAUCUCAUUUAGAAAUUAUUUUAAGUCCUCCGCAUGAAACGUUCACAUUCAGUGAGUGACGUCGCCCGUCAGCAUGGUUAACCUUUUUCUUUCCUAUAGAAGGGAUCAUCAUGUUGCAUUAAUGCGUCGUGUUUAAAUGGAGGACUAUGUCGAAGUAAAACUUGUACAUGUGCUUGCACGAAAGACUUCAUGUCAACAAAUUGUAUUUGCCCAAGAAGUAAGAAACUUCAACUUCCUUCAUUAAUCAAGAUUAUCUGAAAAAUCAUUUAAAUAUAAUAUAAUCACGUACAUCCAUGAAUAGUUCAGGGUGCUCUGCAUGCAUCUCUUUGGCGAACUUUUUGGUUGUAACACUGGAUCAAUUAACAGUUACUCUGUGAACUCAAAUAUUACAAAGAUUUUAUUUUGAUUAUUUUAUUUUGAUUGUGGAAUUGUGGAUUUUGAAGAUGCUGUAAAAUCUGUUCUGCUCACCAGUUCUGCUCAUAACAAAGGGGGACCGGCAGAUAUAAACAUUGCCCAAAUUUUGCAUCUUUCAAACAUUUUUGAAUUGAAACGUAUAGAGUUUGUAUUCAUUUAAAAAACACAUUAAUAAUAAUUCGGGAGCAAAACACAAAGAAAAAUCAUAAGCGUGUCGUGGUUUUAUAUGUGAUAAAAAAUCAUGUUAAUGUACAUAAACUUUAGCUUUGAUUUUCUCGGUUUAGACAUUUGAUUUUCUCGGUUUAUUUUAUAAAUUACUUCGCUAAUGUACUCAUCAGAAGAUGGGCGUUUUUUAAAACACUCCUACUCGUGCUUUAAAUAGUACUUACAAAUAUAGCGAACCAGACAAUUGUUAGAUAUUUUACAAAGUGUUUGUUUACAUUACGGAGUUUACAGCCGAAAGAGCGAGGAUAAAAACAGAAUAUAAUUUUUUGGAAGAAAUUAAUCAUGUAUACUUGUUUCGAUUUAAUAUAAAGCUAAUUAAAUUAUAUAGAGCCAAUUAAAUUGCAGAAUAGCUGGCAAUCCUUGAAAUUAGUUUAAAAUACUAAUUAAUAAUUCAUAAACCUUGUGGCAAAUCAUGUCAGCCAUAUGUCACGUGGAGUGACUUUAUAUCUGAUAAAGCAUGUGGCAUUAUAUAAUUGUUCAUCCUAAUUAGUAUAAUUUUAAGCUAUUCAAAACACUCCUACUCGUUUUUUAAUAGUACAUAAAUCCUCGUCGGCAAAAGAAUGCCGUCGACAUUCAUCAUUAUAAUCAUCUGUUCAUAUUAAUAAAACAUAGCAACAAAGCUUUUAGAAGAAUCAAUCGAAUACAGAAGGUAAUGCCAAAAAAAUCGUCGACAGAAAAAAAUUGCCGUCGAUAAUCUCAUUUUCGGUGGCAUGAAUUAUCGCCGGCAAUUGCCAUUUGCCGUCGCUAAUUUCGAGGACUGGCUGGUAUCUGGUUGUUGUCUAUAUGUUGAUUUUUUUUAUAUGCACUUCAAAUUGCAAAUCUCACUGUUAAAGGUAAUUUACGAUUGGCUAUACUUGAUAUACACAAUACAUUUACACUACACAUGGACAUACUUAAGGACUCACCGUAAUUGGGGACACUGUGGCGAGUAUCCUGGCACUACAUUGUUGUAAUAUAAAUUUAGUAGUUGUCGAACAUUAUUAAAUCAUUAAAUCAUCGUUAUAUAUUUUAUCGUUAUUUUGUAUCAUAUAUGAUACAAAACGUAAGAGACUAUAGCUAGAAGUUCAUUAAAUCUGGAUUCAACCAAUCCUUGUUUCUAGAACAGAAAACGCAAUAUGUCGUUCUUAUUGAAAUAUCACUGAUUUUCCUGAUGAUAUAUUUAACACGGACCUUAUAUCAUUUCAAAUGUUCCAACAUCUGUAUAAAAGCUGAAGAUUCGAUUUCAAAAACACCGAGUGCACUGAUUGAGAGAUUAAUGAACUUUACCGGCUGGAAUUUUUUCUUUUGUUGUAUAUGAUCAUCUCUUUAUAUUUUGAGUAUUUGCGCUGUAUAUUAUUCAUUAGGUUAGUCGUCUCAUAUCCGACGGUUGGUUCGAGAACAUACAGACAAUUGUUUUUGGUCAAAAAUGAACCAAUAAGGAAAUUCCUUAUGGAGAACAGUUUAGAAAUAAUAGAGCUAUCCAAUAGAAAUAAAGUUGGUCUUUGUUUUAGUUUAUUUACAUGAUUUUGUGUCUACACAGAUAACGUAACGCGACAAUUCUCCCACAAAUGGAAGGCUGUCGACGAGACCAGCGCGAUCACCCAAAUUGACAGUGGUGGAGGGCAAACAUGGGCCACGAGAAUCGACACAAUGCACAUUUUUACAUUACAAAAUGGCGCUUGGAUACGAAUGGACGGCAUCUUAACUCAUGUUACGGUUGGAAAAUCGGGCGUUUGGGGAGUCACCCGAGCUGAUGGUAUUUUCGUCAGGUAUGGUGUGGCACCAAACACACCGUAUGGAACAAGAUGGGAAGCAAUGGGUCGGGGAUUUCAGAAGGUUGACGCUGGUAGCUCAGGAGUUGUUUACGGAGUGAAAGG